AUGCUUGUUUUGCUCGUUCUUUUUAUGUGUUACGGGUCAGUAUCUAGUCUUGGAGGUUGUUGCGGGGAUGCAUCGCCAUUUGGUAGUGGUGAACUUGAAAACGUGUUUUCUGACGACAAAUGUUCCUGUAAAGGCUCAAAUUCUUUUCAAAAAUGUGAUGAAUUGAUGAAUAAGCCCGAUUUGAUAGACAUGAAAGGGAAACAGAACGAGGGUGUGCUGUUCGACUCAAUUUAUUCCUUCAAUCGCGCCAUAUCGUUCGACUACAGUUGUGGCCGUCCAUCAGGUAACACGGGGCUCGAUGUACGCUGGCUCGAAGAUGUCCAGAAAAACAUCAAAAAAAAUAUAAUAGAUCGUAGAGUCAUGCUGUACAUCCUGAAGAGAAUGCGCUAUUACAUACAGAAGAAGGGAAAUGUAAAGGAUAUAUUCGCGAUUCCAUGCGAUCAAAGAAAUGCACUGUACGAUGACUCGCUGUUUGAAUGUUUUAAUAGGAAUCUAACAGAAAAUCCUGAUCUUAAACAAGCUGCUCUUGAGUUUUUGAAGAGGAUGAGAAAGGAAAUCAUUAAUUUGCUGCUUUCAGGCACGCGCAAAGAUGAGAAUAACGGACAUUGCAGACCGGAAUGUGCAGCUCGCGUGAAUGAUGCCGCUGAUACGCUGCUGGCCGGAAAGAUUCUCUCAUGUUUUACCGAUGAAUGUGGCAACAAGAAAAAAUGGACAGUUUCACAGUACGCUCUUUUUGUUCUGCUUGAAACUGUGAAUUAUUUGAUUGGCUACAUAAAUAAUUGCAUAGACAUCGAUAAGAAGCUUAUAUGCCGACAGGCCACGAUCUUGGUGAUUAAUGUUACCGAUAGUUCGUGUCAAGAAGACGUGAUUUCUAACGAAAUUGUGCUAAUUGACAAGAAAUCGUUUUGUUCUGAUAAUUCUUCGAAUGGCCAUAAGCAAGCUAGAGGUGUAUAUGCCGGUAAUACUCGAACACUUCGGAGUGCACAGAGAGGAGAUAAUGAGCUCACCAGGCACAAUGGUGAUGAUACUGUUGGAGAUGAUCAUGUUGCUUCCAGAAAUGAAACUGGCGUGAGCAGAUGUGGCGGCAUGAUGAGCAUCAGAAACGAUAAAAAUGGUCAUGCAUCUGAUGGAGGAGGUUCACUGGGUGGUGACAAAGGUUGUAUCGUAAAUAUAAAUGUUGGAGACGACCAUGAAUCGGAUGAACAUGGUAGGGAUGACUACGAACCGCAAACUGGUCCUGAAGUAAACUAUGGAUGUGACCGUGGUUUGAACUCUGGUAUUAAUCACCACGAUGGUAGAUCAAAUGGAGGACAUAACCACGAACACAAUGAAAAUACCAAAGAUGAUGGCAAGCUGAGCACUUGUCCUGGUAUAAACUUCGAUCCUGGCAAAAGAAUCAGAAAUAAUGGUGAACAAGAGGGCAAGAGUACGAAUUAUGGCGAUAAUGAGUAUAGCAGUGAUGUAAAUAGUGCAAAAGAUGAAUCAAGCCAUGAAGUAUCUGAUGAGAAUAAUUCCCGUAAAAGUUCGAUCCAUUUGCGCACGGAGGAUCAACAUGACAGCCAGGAAACAUCGAGUGAUCAAUAG